UUGUACUUAUCAAACAAGGUAAACACCUUAUAACGAGUCUUGACCCAUUCAUGAUCUAUAUGUGCUCUUACUUGUCUAUGGACUCAGAAUCUGAUCUCUCAUAACCACUACAAUCUUGUGUUCAUGCUUGUUUAAGACCUCAACUAUCUCACCUUAAAUUUCCAGGUUGGAGAAUUCAGAAGAUAAUGAAAGCAUGCCAAAUUUGGCUCGGACUCCUUCAACUGCUCUUUUGGUUCCAGCCAAGCUGAUGUUUAAAUUAUUUCGAAGUUGUGAAUAGCUUCAAUGCAUUGAACAGAAGAACAUAGUUGAUGGAGUAUAAUCCUCAUGCCCAAUCGCAUGAAGGACCUUCUUUAUGCACUUAGAGUAAUUAUUGAAGUAUUAGAUCCUGACCUGAUAACUUAUCUUUGCUCAACUCCACUAUUACAACCUGACAGCCCAAGAAUUGGUCUGGGCCAAGUCUGACCAAGUGCCUGAGAAGAAAUGAUUCUUGAGCUUAAGCACUAUUUCUAG